AUGUCAACAAACAUCAACCCUUUGUGCUUUCCAAGCAAGCUGCCCGACAUUCGGACAGAAGCCAUACCGCCAUGGGGGCUUCCAGAACGCUCCUACUACGAUCUCACCCCGGAAGAUGAGAUUCUCGAUUUCCACAAUAGGAAACUCUCUGUGGAAGAGACAUCCAAGGCCGCCAGUGAUCCUAUUGUCGCCGUCAUUGGAGUCGGAUACGUUGGGGAGCAACUCGUCGACAAUUUCUCAUCAGGUUACCAAGUACUCGGCUACGACGUUUCCGAUUCCCGAAUAAGUCAACUCAAACAGUCGUUCCAGUUCAAUGACCGUGUUCGGUUCACCCGAAUUCCAAGGGACCUGGCUGUUGCGACACACUUUCUCAUAUCUGUCCCAACGCUGCUACUUCCAGACAGGACCGUCGACUCAUCAUACAUUCGAAGAGCGCUGAAUGUUAUAGCCAACUAUGCGCGCCGGGGCUCUGUCAUUGUUAUUGAAAGUUCUGUGGCCGUUGGAAUGACGCGACAGCUGUUAGGCCCUCUAGCCGAAGAACAUGGCUACUUUGCGGGAAUGUCCCCGGAGCGCGUCGAUCCUGGGCGCGCAGAACCCCAUGCGAGCGCUAUUCCGAAGAUUGUCUCCGGGCUUGACGACGUUGUUCCCGGCUCCCUCGAUGUUAUCACGAAACUCUACGCAGAAGUCUUUCGCCGGGUGAUCCCCGUUUCUUGUCCGGAAGUUGCUGAAAUGACAAAAUUUUGA